AUGCCUUACACUUCAGAUAAAGCGGUCCCCUACCGCUAUGCAGCAACUAUUAUUGAGAACGGUAAAGAGGUCGAGAUUAAAACCUUAGCCUCAGUUACCAAUAUCGCAGCAAAUAGCCGAAUGACGCGCAGUGGCCACGUGUUCGCUCCGCCGGUUAUCCCAAGUAGAAAUGUUGAGAAAGAUCCAGUAGUCGUGGUACCAGUGACAAGAGAAGCAGAAGGGCAAACAAGCAAUUCAACCCUUGACAAAGAAACAGAUGAACUACUCAGAAUUAUCAAGCUCAGUGACUACAAAGUGGUAGAUCAGUUGCUACAGACACCGUCAAAAAUCUCGAUCCUGUCCUUAUUAUUGAACUCAGCUGUCCACAGAGAAGCACUACUGAAGGUGCUUGAUCAAGCCUUUGUAGAACAGGAUAUAACAGCAGAGCAGUUCAACAAUGUUGUAGGCAGCAUCACUUCGUGCAAUGGCUUAGGCUUUUGUGAUGAAGAACUGCCAGAAGAAGGAAAGAAUCACAACUUCGCUCUCCAUAUCUCAGCCAAUUGUCAAGGGGAUUCUUUGUCUAAUAUCCUAAUUGACACCGGUUCAUCUCUGAAUGUCAUGCCCAAGUCUACCUUGUUGAAGCUAAAGUACAAAGGGGGGCAAAUGCGGCACAGUGGAAUUAUUGUGAAAGCGUUCGAUGGAUCAAGAAAAACAGUCAUUGGAGAAGUUGAUUUGCCUAUUGGUAUUGGACCACACGUAUUCCAGAUCACUUUCCAGGUUAUGGACAUAGUGCCAGCUUAUAGCUGUCUGCUCGGACGCCCAUGGAUUCACGAGGCGGGUGCCAUUACAUCCACGUUACACCAAAAGUUAAAGUUUGUCAAGAAUGGGCAAAUAGUGACGGUUAAUGGGGAGCAGGCUAUGCUGAUUAGCCACCUUUCAUCGUUUAGUGUGAUAGAAGUAGACGAGACGGCUGUUCAAACUCCAUUUCAGGCCCUGACCAUCGAUGAUUACAAGAAAAGUGAAGGUUCAAUCGCGUCAUUCAAAGACGCCCAGCAGAUUGUCAAGACAGGUCCUACAGAAAUGUGGGGCAAGGUGAUAGAGUUGCCAGAAAACGUUAACCAUGCAGGAUUAGGCUUUGUUGAUGGAAAACAAGUGCAGACUUCAGUGGUGCGACCUUUCAAAGAUAUCUUUCACAGCGGUGGGUUUAUCAACAUGGUAGCAGUUGAGGAGGAUACUUUUGAGGGAAAGACAGAAGAUGAAGGCCCCAGAUUUGUGACACCAGGAAUCAGAGACAAUGGGAGAUACCACCCUGUGGUUCGGAAUAAGAUAGUUCACUGCAUCAUUAUGCCUAAAAGGAAUCAUAUAGAUCCGCAGAAUAUGGCAAAUUGGAUUUUUGAUAUGAAUGCUCCUGAGCCCAAUGAAGAAGAUCCUAAUGAUAAUGGAGCCGAUGAAAUUGAAGAAGAGCUGGAUCGAUAG